AUGUUCGAGGAGAGGGCGAAGAAGCAGAUCAAGUCAAUACAGUUCGGAUUAUUUUCGCCGGAGGAGAUAAGAAACGGAAGUGUUGUGUUGGUGACGCAUCCAGAGGUCAUGGAGAAUGGAGUGCCCAAGGCAGGGGGGCUGAUCGACCUGAGAAUGGGAACUACCGACAGGAUGUAUCUGUGCCAGAGUUGUGGAGGAGACAGUUUUUCAUGCCCAGGGCAUUUUGGGCACAUUGAGUUGACAAAGCCGAUGUUUCAUGUUGGGUAUGUAUCGAAGAUCAAGAAGGUUCUGGAGUGUGUUUGUUUUUAUUGCUCGAAAAUCAAGAUUGCAAAGACAGGAGGCAAGGCCAUGCUGAAUGGGGUGUGGAAUGCUUGCAAGACAAAAGGCAUGUGCGAGGGAGACAUGGUGGAUGGGGGAAGAACGGGGUGUGGAAACAAGCAGCCGGUGAUAAAGAAGGAAGGGCUAAGUCUUGUGGCGUUCAUGAAAGGAGAAGAAAGCGGAGAAGGGAAGGUGAUGCUGAAUGGAGAGCGUGUAUACAGCAUAUUCAAGAAAAUAAGCGAUGCAGACAGCGAAUAUAUGGGAUUUGAUUUGAAGUAUAGUAGGCCUGAGUGGAUGAUUCUUACGGUGCUGCUUGUUCCACCACCAACAGUAAGGCCAUCUAUUGUGAUGGAAGGGUCGUUGCGAGGAGAAGAUGACCUAACGCACAAGCUUGCAGACAUAAUCAAGUCGAAUGGGUAUCUGAAGAAGUAUGAGCAGGAGGGAGCGCCUGGGCACAUAGUGCGCGACUAUGAGCAGCUGCUGCAGUUCCAUGUUGCAACAUUGAUCGACAACGACAUUGGGGGGCAACCACAGGCACUGCAAAAAAGUGGGAGACCGUUGAAGUCGAUAUCUGCAAGGCUGAAGGGGAAGGAAGGGCGGAUACGAGGAAAUCUGAUGGGGAAAAGAGUUGAUUUCAGUGCAAGGACGGUGAUAACGCCCGAUCCAAACAUUAGGCUCGAGGAAGUCGGUGUUCCAGUUGAGGUGGCGAAGAUACAUACAUUUCCUGAGAAGGUGACGUCGUUCAACAUUGACAAGCUGAACAAGCUUGUGAAGAUGGGGCCGAACGAGCAUCCUGGGGCGAAUUACGUGAUACGAUCAGAUGGGCAGAAGAUCGACCUCAGCUUCAACAGAAGCGAUAUACGGCUUGAGGAGGGAUAUAUUGUUGAGAGACACAUGCAGUCUGGAGAUGUGGUUCUGUUCAAUCGGCAGCCGUCGCUACACAAGAUGUCUAUGAUGGCACAUUAUGUAAGGGUUAUGGAGAACAAGACGUUCAGGCUGAACCUGAGUGUUACGUCGCCGUAUAAUGCAGACUUUGAUGGAGACGAGAUGAAUCUUCACAUGCCGCAGAGCUAUACGUCGAAGUCUGAGCUCGAGGAGCUGGUUCUUGUGCCGAACCAGAUUAUAUCGCCACAAUCGAACAAGCCUGUUAUGGGAAUAGUUCAGGACACCCUUACGGGGUUGAGGCUGCUUACACUUAGAAACACGUUUUUAGAUGAGCGAGAGACGAUGUCGCUGCUGUAUGCCGUGGACUCUCAGUUUGAUGACAUGCCGGUUGGGGAGAGUGCAAGAGCAGAGUUCAAGAGGACGAAGGAGUAUGACAUUAUGAAGGUUAUGGCAAGGCCGAGCAUAGCCAAGCCAAAGAGGCUGUGGACGGGGAAACAAGUACUGAGCUUUAUUUUACCGAGUAUGAACUAUUCUGGAUUAUCAUCUGAGCACAAUGAAGAGGACAAAGAAAAUGCAAAUGACACGAUUGUGCGGAUCCAGGAUGGGAUUAUCCAUUCUGGAAUUGUUGACAAGAAGGCAGCAGGAGCAGUGCAGGGAGGGCUAAUUCACAUUAUUUUCAAUGAUUUUGGGCCUAGAAGGGCAGCGCAGUUUUUCAACGGUGUUCAGAAGAUGGUGAAUGCAUUUGUGACGGGGAUCCACUGUUUUUCGAUUGGGAUAGGAGAUACGAUUGCGGAUGCAAACACGGUGAAGAUGGUGAAGGAGGCGAUUGCCAAGGCAAAGGACGAUGUCGCUGUGAUCAUAAGAAAUGCACAGCAGAACAUGCUUGAAAGGAUGCCUGGGAUGACGAUGAAGGAAAGCUUUGAGAGCCAGUUGAAUCUUGUGCUUAAUAAGGCAAGAGACGUGAGCGGAUCAAGUGCACAGCGAAGCCUUAGUGGGAAUAACAACAUGAAGACGAUGGUUCUUGCAGGGUCUAAGGGGUCUUUUAUCAAUAUUUCACAGGUCAGUGCAUGUGUAGGGCAGCAGAAUGUGGAAGGAAAGCGGAUUCCGUUUGGCUUUUUGCACAGGACUCUUCCGCACUUUGUGAAGGACGACUACACAGGGAGGAGCAGAGGGUUUGUCGAGAACAGCUACUUGAGCGGGCUGGGGCCUGAGGAGUUUUUUUUCCAUGCAAUGGGAGGGCGAGAAGGGCUGAUUGACACGGCGAUUAAGACGGCAGAGACAGGAUACAUACAAAGGAGGCUGAUAAAGGCACUCGAGGAUGCAAUAGUGAGGCAAGACGAGAGUGUAAGGAGUGGAAGUGGGUUUGUGUAUCAGCUGAAGUAUGGGGAGGAUGGGUUUGAUGCAACGUUUCUUGAGGCGCAAAAGGUUGAGAUGCGCAACUUUAGGCGAAGAUACUAUAUUGACAUGUUUGGGAAAGAGGAGCUUAGGGUGAAUGAAUCUGAGGUUUCGAGUGAGGUGUACAAGAUGCUUUGCUCUGAUGUUGAUCUUCAGAAGCAGCUGGAUGAGGAGUAUGAAUGGCUCGUUCAGGAGGUGUUUGAAGGGCCUGCUAUUAAGGAUAUAGGAGAUGUGGAUAUUGAGAGCGACUAUAGAGUAAAGCGGAUGUAUAAUGAGUCAGUGAUGAGUCCAUGCAACUUUGGACGACUUAUAUGCACAGCAAAAAGGAUAUUUGAGAUGAAUGCCGGGGAUGUGUCGCCAUAUUAUAUACUUAGUGCGCAAAGGGAGUUGAUGACGUCAAACAAGAUUCUGAAUGUGUUGAUCAGAAGCAAUCUGAAUGUAAAGAGGAUUCUGGUUGAGCACAGGCUUGAUACAGAGGCAUUUAGCUGGGUAGUUGGGGAAAUAAAGUCUAAGAUUAUGAAGGCGAAGAUAACGCCGAAUGAAAUGGUGGGGACGUUGGCAGCACAAUCUGUAGGAGAGCCGGCUACGCAGAUGACGUUGAACACGUUUCACCUUGCAGGGGUUGCAUCUACCGUUACUAUGGGGGUGCCGAGGCUGAAGGAGAUAUUCAAUGUAACGAAGAAUCUGAGGACGCCGUCUAUGAGGAUAUAUCUUGAAGGAGGGUAUUGCAAGAGUGUUGAGAGUGCAAAGGCAAUACAGAAUGAGAUUGAAUGUGUGAGCAUCAAAGAUCUAUGCAUGUGCUCUGAGAUUUACUAUGAUCCAGAGGUGACAAGCACGGACAUUGCCGAAGACAGAGACUUUGUAGAGGCAUACUUUGAGUUUCCUGACGAAGAGAUAGACUUUCUAGGGCUGUCACCGUACCUGAUCAGGCUUGUGAUUGAUAGGUCCAAGGUUGUUGGCAGGAGAAUCAGCCUUGAGGAAGUUGCAGGAGCAGUGCGAAGGAACAUAAAGAGCGAUGCACAUGUGAUCUGCAGUGAUGAGAAUGCGGUGGAUAUGGUGGUGAGGAUAAGAAUGAUGAAGAGUUCUGAAGAGUGCUUGAGCUUCUACAUGAACUGUCUUGAAUCACUACUAAAGCAGCAAUUCGGAGGGUACAAGAAUGUUAAGAAAGUGUACAUAACAGAAGACAAGGAGAGGAAGGAGUGGUAUCUGCAGACUGAUGGGGUGUGUCUAUCGAAGAUACUAGGGCAUCCUGCAAUAAACAGCAAACAUACUGUAUCUAACGAUAUGCUUGAGAUUGCAGAAACGCUUGGGAUUGAAGCAGCACGAGAGUCUAUUUUGAAUGAGCUAGCGCUUGUUAUAGAUGGGAAUGGAUCGUAUGUUAACUACAGGCAUAUGAGCCUACUUGCUGAUGUCAUGACUAUGAGAGGAUAUCUAUGUGGAGUUACGAGGCAUGGAGUGAACAAGACGGGAUCGGGAGCAUUAAAGAGAAGCUCGUUUGAAGAGACGGUGGAGAUUCUGCUCGAUGCAGCAUUAGUAUCUGAAAGGAACUUUUGCAAAGGAAUAACAGAAAACAUAAUGAUGGGGCAGUUAGCGCCCAUGGGGACGGGAAACGUGGAGAUUAUGCUUGAUAUGAACAAGCUAGACAAGGCGAUUCCACUUGCAAAUCCCGUGUUUAAGGCGAAUGAUCCUGCCACACCGGUGAUAAACACUCCGAUGUCAGACUCAUUUUCGAUCAGUAGCGGUGCUUGGAGCCCAAUGCAUAUUGAUAUGGGCUAUAAUAGAGACAUGGCGGGGAGAAUGUCACUUACCAGUCCUGCUUAUUCACCAACCAGUCCGGCAUACUCACCAACCAGUCCUGCUUAUUCACCAACCAGUCCUGCUUAUUCACCAACCAGUCCUGCUUAUUCACCUACCAGUCCUGCUUAUUCACCAACCAGUCCUGCUUAUUCACCAACCAGUCCUGCUUAUUCACCUACCAGUCCGGCAUACUCACCUACCAGUCCGGCAUACUCACCAACCAGUCCUGCUUAUUCAGUAACGGCACCAAGUUUUGCAAGUAAAAAUAAAAGUAAGGACCAAGACGGAGAUAGAAAGAGGAAGAACAGCCAUCCUUUUUGA